ACGAAACGAAUCCCGUCUGCGUCUAUAUACUUUCUCCGGCAGAUUCAGUACAACUCUUUACUUUCUAUCUAGAUGGUAAUUUGGGAGUAAACUAAACGGCGACGACAAAAUUAUUCCAAAAACUGCUCGCGAAAACGCCGAUGUUAUGUUAAUUUCUCCAUUUUUCAUGAUUUGAAGAUGAUCAUGGAUGUCUGCCGCCCGCGCGACUUCCUGGAUCGAAUAAUGGACCGAUACAUUCGCUUCUUUCCAUGUCUCUCCGAUCCCGCUAGGAGAUCUUCGUUGGGGUUAAAAGUUGCAUUGGUGAUGCUACAUCUGGUUUAUGCUGGAGUUCUCUUUGCAUUCGAUGGGAAUUUGAUAGAAGAAACCAAAAUUAAACCAUGGUACACAGCUUCGUAUUUGUUGCUUUUUGUCGCUACCCUUAUUCAAUACUUCAUAACGUCAUGUUCAUCUCCUGGCUAUGUCCUUGAUGCAAUGCGGGCUGCUAAUGAGAAAAAUAUUGCUUUUAAAAAGGCAUCCAAACAACCUGCUUCAAGCAAAAAUGCAAGCGUGGUGGUUACCAUAGACCGGAACCCUAUGGGAAAAAAUGUUCAGGGAGUUGACGUAACAUCAUGGACAAAGAUGGUGAUGGACAUGUACCCCCCUGGAACACCUGUUAGAAGUAUGACAUGCUCCUAUUGUAAUGUUGAGCAGCCUCCACGAACGAAGCAUUGCCAUGAUUGUGAUAGAUGUGUACUUCAGUUUGAUCAUCAUUGUGUUUGGCUUGGGACAUGUAUUGGCCAGGGCAAUCAUUGUCGAUUUUGGUGGUAUAUUUUUGAGGAGACAGCUUUAUGCUUGUGGACUGGUAUAUUGUACAUUUCAUACCUUAAGGCCAAUAUAGCGCGGGCAUGGUGGAAGGAUGCCAUUGUCGUUGUGCUGCUGAUUACUCUAUCAGUUGCCUUGAUUUUUCUACUACUCUUGCUCCUAUUUCAUAGCUAUCUCAUUCUUACGAACCAGACUACGUACGAACUCGUGAGGCGUAGGCGAAUCUUUUAUUUGAGGAGCGUUCCUGAAAGAGUUUACCCCUUCAGCAAAGGAGUCUGCCAUAACUUGUACGAAUUCUGCUGCGAUAGAAGCAACGUCUAUAACUUGGAGCCCUUGCCUUCGGCUCAAGUACUCGAAGAGAGAUCGAGACCGUACACGUGUUCGGACAUGGUGAGAUGUAGAUGCUGCUGCUGAGUUAUUACAGUGUACCAUUUGCUUUAACAUUCUUUCCAUGUUAUCACUUCACUAGGUUGUGGUGAAUGGUGAUGGUUAUUGUGGGGGAAGCUUCCAUUGAAAUUUUAGCUGCAGCAUAAUUAGGUUAGGUAAUCUUGUUUCUACUGGUGUAAAAUUGUUUGUGGUGGUGAUAAAAUAGAUGCUUUAUGAUUAUUCGUUUUCAUGUUUUUGCCCAA